UGCUUCAUACCGCCACCAUGCAGUUUCCCCAGCCAAACAUUGCAUUGAAGUCUGCGCUACUAUCUGGUGUAGCAGCUUCCUGACUCCCUCUGCACUGACAGGCUCCAGCCCUGGACAACAAUAUGAUCUAUUCCCCCCUGUGUGCCUGAGCAGAAGCCCAACUUCACAGUGGAUGAAUGAGGAGGAUUGCUGUCUGCUCUCUGCGCCUCUGCAGCAUACCAUGAAUCAUGUCCUGUAGCCUGCAAACAACUGCAUUGCUGGGAGAGCUGGUCUGUCCCUGUGCUCUGUAUGCAGCCUGGAGGAGGUGCAGCUAUACCCAUCCCUAAUCUGGCUGCUGCUUCUCUGCAUUAACACCUUGCUGCAAUGCUUCCUAGCUACCUGUAUGGCUGCUGAGCCCUGCCUCUAGAGACCCCCCCUAAGCUGUGAUCACAUUGGGUUGCAUUAUUAUACAGCACUCCAAAAAAAGUGGGCCACCCCCUCCCUCUCCCCUAAUUUGGAGGUUGGAUAAGUGAAAAGUUGAACCAACAGAAAGUGAUUAGGAGGAGGCAGUAGACUUCCAGAUCUAAGUACUGCUGGGAAUGUGCUUUGCCUGAGGAGGGGAGCAGAGGAGAUACUCAGGCACCCUGGGUGCUGAAGAAUUUGGGUGGGGGUCUUUGCAGAAAGAGGAUCCGGUGAAAGGGUCCCUGGGAUUGUAACCCUGCUCUCUGAAUGUGAAGCGCGAUUUUCCACUGGUUUUCCUUCAAUAGUGGACGUCCGCUGUGCUGAAGAUACCUGGAGUGAGACUGUCAAGAUCUUUCCAGAUCUCCCACCAAAAAUCGCCAUCGGACAGUCCUUUUAGGAAACGCCAGAGUCACGGCACAGGAAAGCGUGGAGUUGCGGGAUCAUGUAUUGAAAAAUACAGAGCUGUUGAAAGACCGUUGGCAGGUUACCUGUACUGGCCAGUAUGGGGGAAAGGGGUCACUCGGGAGGGCCGAAGUCUUCUGAAGGGGACCUCAGGAUUUCAGGAGAUGAGGAAGUUAUCAAUUUAGACGACGAAGUUUUCAAUCCAAAUAUGACUUCGUUUAAGCAUGACAACGUUGAAGACCUCUACGAGCUUCUGGAGAAGCUGGGCAGGAUAAGAGGUGGCGAACUAUUUGAUUUCAUAGCGGAUAAGGAAGCCCUGACAGAAGAAGAGGCCAUAGAGUUCCUGGAGCAGAUACUGAGGGGAGUGGCCUACAUGCACGCAAGGCAUAUUGCACACUUUGAUCUCAAGCCUGAGAAUAUUAUGCUGCUACAGAAGGAUGUGCCUCACCCCAAGAUCAAGAUUAUCGAUUUUGGUUUGGCCCAGAAGAUUGAAGAUGGGGCAGUAUUUAAGAGCCUGUGCGGGACACCUCAGUACAUCGCUCCAGAAGUUAUAAACUAUGAACAGCUAGGACCACCUACAGACAUGUGGAGCAUCGGAGUGAUUACGUAUAUUCUACUCAGUGGCUUGUCCCCAUUCCAAGGCGAAACAGAUGCCGAAACGCUGACCAACGUGGUGUCCGGGAAUUACGAGUUUGACGAUCGCUACUUCAAGCAGACUAGUGACAUGGCCAAAGAAUUCAUACAGCAGCUGCUACUUAAAAAUCCCAGUGACAGGAUGACGGCGGUGGAGUGUCUCAUUCACCCGUGGAUUAAGCCACUGAACAGGAAACAGGCCGUGAACAGGAGCAGAUCCUCCAUUAAUAUGAAGAACUUCAAAAAGUUCAAUGCUAGACGGAAGUGGAAGCUGUCAUACAACAUGGUGUCCGCCUGUAACCGCCUCUGCCGUAUGAAGCUGAUGUGUAAGCCUGUGAAAGAUGAGGAGGAACUGAGGCAAUGUGAAAGUGACCAAGAAGAUGAGAAGACAAAGCCCGUCGCCCUCCUACGUAGGCGGUUAAGCAGCUGCUCUUGAGCCGAAAUGACGACCCCUCGAUUCUCGAGCAUGUGCAGCCCUUCCCUUCCAUUCAAGCAGUACUGAAAAGAACAGGCCCAGUCUACGCGCCAGGCCCCGGGGGAAAGUCGCCAAAGCCCGGAUAUGCAUUGCUGCUAGAGGAGGCAUGGGUGGGCUCUCUAACACCACGACUGUAGCCCCCAACCAAACGGAUCUGCUUGCAUGUGACUGCUCACAGGGAGUAUUAACUAAAAUGACACCAGCAUGUCGCAUGGCUUAACCCUUCGCUGCCAAAGGGACUCUUAAAAUAGCAUCAUUCCACAAUGGCAGCCUACCAGUCUUGCCUUGAUAUGAACUUGUUACAGUGAGUGCUUUUUACUUUACCACUAUAUAUAUUAUUAUGUUGUGAAACUGCACGGCCUUUUUUUUUUUUUUUUUGUGGAAACCAAAAUAUCAAAAGCACAGAGAGGGGUAUGUGAGCGUCAUACCCUCUACAGUAAUUUUAUCAUAUUGACUGCCGACUAAAAAAAAAAAAAAAAAGCACAGAUAGAGGUAUGUGAGCGUCAUACCCUCUACAGUAAUUUUAUCAUAUUGACUGCCGACUAAAAAAAAAAAAGCAACAUAGCCAUAAUUUGUGGCAACGCGUUUCUUUUUUUUUUAGUUGUUAAUUAUUUUUAAUUAGGUGAGUUACAAACAUAUUUUUAUGUGAAAUGUGCAUUUUUCUUUUAACCAUGGCAAAAAGUUACAUUUUUAAUAAAUAUCUUUUUGAGUA